UUGAUCCGGCCAACGAUGGCACACCGAUGGUAGCUGGCUAUAGCCAAGGGGCCGGCCAGUCAGUGCGGCGAUGUCGACGACGACGAACGACGGUACGAGGGGGCGGCAGCCCCGAGCGCCGCCGCUGCUGCUCCUAUUGCUGCUGUCGCCGCUGUUUAUCCUGCCCCUGCUCGGUGGCUCUGUCUCGGCGGUACGAACACCCGCCCGGGAACAACAACAACAACAGCAAACCGGCAGCAAACAAGGGCGUGACGAGCCGGUCAUCGAGGAGGUCACGAGCAAGCAGCUCGAGCGGCUGCUCAAGGAAAAGGACUUUGUCGCCGUCUACUGGUACGAUCACGGAGACGAGGAUUCCCAGCAGGUGCUCACGGAACUGGAAAAAAUAGACGACGAUUGUGACAAGCAUGGCAUUCAGUUCGUGAAAAUUGAUGAUAGAAAAGCUGCCAAGGAAUUUGGCAUUGACUCCAUCCCAGCGAUCGUAUACUUUGAAAAACAGCUUCCCAACGUUUACGACGGUGAUCUCCAAAACGAGGACGAAAUAUUGGAGUGGCUGCUAUCGCAACUGGAACGAGAUGAGAUCGAGGACGUGACCGACGAAAUGCUGGACAGGCUAAUCAAGGAGGGAAAAACUUUGGCUGUGCUUUUCUACGAUAAGGAUCAGAAAAAAAGCUCCAAAGUGUUGGCCGAACUUGAAAAUAUUGAUGACGACUGUGACGAGCACAACAUAGCCUUCGUUAAAAUUGACGAUGCCGAGGAAGCAAAGGAAUACGGGAUCGACGAGCUUCCCACCCUCGUGCUCUUUGAGAAAAAAAUACCCCACAUUUACGACGGUGACCUCAUGAACGAAGAUCAGCUCUUGGGUUGGCUUCUCCACCAAAAGAAACAUAGCGAAAUACCCGAGGUCACGGACGAAAUGAUGGAAAAGCUCAUCGAAACAACACCGUAUCUUGCCGUUUUAUUUUACGAUAAAGAUGACAAACAAGACAUGAGGAUAUUAAAUGAGUUGGAAAACAUUGACGACGAGCUAUCGAAAGAGGGUAUAGUGAUCAUUCGCAUGGACAAUGACGCCGAGGCGAAAGAGUACGGGAUCGAUCACCUUCCGACUCUCGUUUAUUUCGAGGACAAAAUUCCGGCUCUCUACGAAGGCGAUCUCCUCAAUGAAGACGAAGUCCUCAAGUGGCUGAUUGAACAGAAAAAUACCGCUACCAUCGAGGAAGUUACGGACGAAAUUCUUGCCGAUCUUAUCGACGAGCACGAAUACGUCGUCGUAUACUUCAGUAAAAGUUGUACGACCUGUGAUAAAGUGUUGGCUGAAUUGGAAAAAAUCGACGAUGACACGGAUAAUUUCGGCGUGGACUUUGUCAAAAUCAACGACAAAAGAUUGGCUAAGCAGUACGGGAUCAAGACCUUCCCCGCGCUCACUUACUUCCGCGAAAAGGAACCAAUCAUAUACGAGGGUAAGUAAAAUUAUCAGAGAAAAUUAAUGAAACAAAAAAAAAAAAAAAAAAAAAAAAAAAAAAAAAAAAAAAAAAAAAAANGAAAUCUCGGCGAAAAAAGAAUAAUGUUUCAGUUGAUUUUACAUGUAUUUUUUUUUUUUUUUUUUUUUUGUCUUCUUUCAGAUAAGGAAGGAGAUAAAAAAAGCCAGAAGAUCCUCCAAGAGCUUGAAAAUAUUGACGAGGAAUGCGAAGAGAAGAACAUUGACUUCGUAAAGAUCUCGGACGAAGGGAUCGAGAAAGAAUACGAUCUCCCAAGUUUGCCAGCUCUCGCCUUUUAUCGGCACAAAUUUCGACAAAUUUAUACAGGUGAUCUGAUGCACGAAGAAGAAAUUUUGGACUGGCUACUUGAACUGCGCACUUCAAAGCCCGAUGUUAUUGAAAAUGUCGACAGAAAAACUCUGCAAGUUCUCAUUAACGAUGUCGAGCAUUUGGCUGUAUUUUUCUAUGACGAUGAUUGUGAAUCGUGCAAAGAAAUUUUAGAAGACCUCGAAACCAUAGAUGACGAUACGGACAAACAUGGUAUCCAGUUUGUUAAAUCGAAAGAUGCAAAGCUUGCCGCUGAAAUCGGUAUAUUCUCUUUUCCGGCACUCGUAUACUACGAAACGGGAGUACCCAUCAUGUACGACGGUAAUCUUCUCGACGAAGCAGAAGUUUUGGACUGGAUGGUGCGGCAAAAAAAUGACGAAAGUAUCGAAGAAAUUGAUCGUGAUACUCUCAGCAAGUACAUCGAAACUAAGGAAUUCCUCGCCGUGAUAUUUUUCAAGGAAGAAGAUCCCGAGAGUCCACGAAUUUUGCGCCACAUCGAGCUCAUCGAUGACGAAGCGGUCGAGUACGGGAUAAAAAUCGUGAAAAUGAGCGAUCGCCUGAUGGCCAAGAAAUAUGGAUUCCGCAACCCCCCGGGAAUCACGUACUUUCGCAAGGGAAAGUACAUAAAUUACGAUGGCGACAUCGACGACGAAGAGGAGAUACUGGACUGGCUGACGAACCCCGAGAACAUGGAGCUGAACGACCACAUAGAGCGGGUCAACAGGAAGAUGUUUCAAAAAAUCCGGCAAAACUCGGACUACGUGGCGGUGUUUUUCUACAGCAACGACUGCAAGCAGUGCAGCCGUGUCCUGAGCGAGAUCGAGCACAUCGACGACGAGGCCGAUGGCGCGGGAAUCAACUUCAUCAAAAUCGAUGACAAGCAAUUGGCCAAGGAGUACGGGGUUUUUGCCCUGCCUGGCAUUCUCUUCUUCAAAAUGGGCUCCAAAGAGCCGGUCAUCUACGCAGGGGACUUGUACGAUGAGCAACAAAUCUUGCAGUGGCUGAUGACACAGAAGGAUCCGUCGGGCGAGAUGAUAGAGGACCUCGAUGGUGAGGAUCUGCUGAACACCAUACGAGAAUCCGAUUCUCUGGCUGUCUACUUUUAUAGCGAUGACUGUGAACACUGCGCUGGGGUCCUCGAGGAACUGGAGAACAUUGACGACGACUGCGACAGGCAUGGAAUUACGUUUGUCAAAACACAAGAUUUCAAGGUAGCCGAGGACUACGGGGUCACGGAUUUUCCCGUUUUGGUCUACUACGAGAACGAAAUACCCAACGUCUUCGAGGGCAAUCUCUCGGAGGAGGAGGAGGUCCUCCAGUGGCUGAUCACCCAGAAGACGGAGGAUCGGAUAGAACUGAUAACGCGCACGAUGCUCGAGUCCUUCGUCGAGGACACGCAGUACUUGGCCGUGUAUUUUUACAAACAAAACUGCUUCAUCUGUGACGAGAUCCUCGAGGGAUUGGAGAAAAUCGACGACGAGUGCGACGUUUUUGGCAUUCAUCUGGUGAAAAUUCAAGACCCCCAAUUGGCCAAGAGGUACUCGAUCAAGACGUUCCCUGCGCUGGUUUACUUCAGGAACGGAAACCCACUGCUGUUCGAAGGUGACUUACAAAACGAGGAGUCGGUGCUCGAGUGGCUGAUUGACGACGACAACCGAGAACUGGCGGACGAAAUCGAGUCGGUCAACGGCCGCAUGCUGGAGAGAUUGUUGGACGAGUCGCCCUUCCUUGCCGUCUUUUUCUACGAGUGCGACCAAGUUUUGAAAGAGUUGGAAAACAUAGAUGACGAGCUCGACGAAACGGGUAUAGUGUUUGUGACGACGGAAGACGUUGGAUUGGCCAAGAAGUAUGGGUUGAAAAAUUUACCGACUUUGGUGUUUUUCCGUAACAAAGAGCCGCUUGUUUACAAAGGAGACAUCGAAGAUGAGGACGAAGUUUUGUCUUGGCUGACUGAUGAGAAUACUCUCGAGAUACCUGGAAAAAUCGAGGAGGUCAAUGCGAAAAUGUUGGAAAAUAUAUUGGAUGAAAAUGAUUACGUCGUUGUGUUUUUCUGUAAAAACGAUCAAGCACGAAGUACAGCAAGAAAUUAUGUUUCACCUAAAAAAGAUGAUCCCAAUCCAGAAAAGAAAAUUUUACAAUACAAUAGUGCGCAUAAGCUGAGGAUUGUCUGUGGUACUUAUUUUUCAGGUGACCCCAAGAAGGAGGAUGAUGUUCUGGAGUGGCUGCGUAAGAACCGAUUUCGCCAACCCGAGCUCAACAUCUACAUGUACAUGCUGAUUGCGGUGGCCAUCCUCUUCGCCAUGUACACGGGUUUUUUGCUCUCGUGCUUCCGCUCGGAGCCGCCCCCGCCCGCGGCCCAUCCUAAACAGGCGUGAUAACUGCCGCUCCAACCGACGAUUCGUACAAGUGAUAAUUGGUCGCAAAAGCCGGCCUUAAACGUCACGAUAGUGGCACAUGUAUGUAUGAUCAUCCGCGAUCGUAUGUGCAUCAUUUGUGUAGCGUCAUCUUCCAAGUUAGCCCAGCCAAGCCUUGUCCAGACCCAAAACCUUCCCCCCACAUCUGCCUGUCAUUUUCCAUCCAUCUGUACCUUAUUAUUUUCUCUCGUUGGUCCGUCCGAUAAGUAGGCGCUAUUACCUUGGCCAUCGGACAUUUGGACAUGAAGUUUAUGCCCGUUGUUGGCGCCAAAGACGCAACAAAAACAGCUCAAGCUGCUCCAACCCCUUAAAAAUUUUUAAAAGGGCUCAAAAAACGAUAAUAUUACAUAUAAAUUUGAACGCUAAUAAA